GUUGCCCAUAUGUCGGGGUUCAAGUAGCAAAAGAUUGGUUGACAUUCUUCAUCAUGGAAUUUCAGGUCAUGCCGAAGAGCUUAAAGGUGCCAAGGCAUUGAUUGAUGGGAAAUUGGCAAAUGAGGAUGAGCAGUUUGAAUUAGGUGUCGUACAUGAUGUUGAAUUCCUCCUACCUUUCAAUGAAGAUAAGUAUUUGGAAGUAUGCAGCCAAAAAGAGGUUACAGGUCUUCUAGUCUUUAGUGGCUGUAUCUGCUCCUAUGCUUACUCAAAUUCGAAGGAACCAGCUUCUCAAGCUUUGACUGACAUAAAGGAAGACAUAAUUAAGAGUCUAAGAAGCAGGUUAGAUAUGAUGUGUGAUGAGGCAGACAGAAAAUCAGAUUCUAAACAGGAUAGAUCUGAAGAGAACAACAACCAGAUAUUAAGUGGGAAUGCAGCUCUGCAACUUGAUUUACAGUUACAGAGUAAACAUUGCAGUCUGUCAUUUCCUCGAAGAGUAUUUUUACCCUGGCUGGCUGAUACAUUCCUUUGUGACUAUGUGCAGCCAUCUGAAUCAGUUGAGGUUGUCAAGGAUCAUUUUGCCGAGCUCGUGUUCAUAGAGUUUCCAAAUGAUUCUUCAAAAAUCUUGGAGCCUGAAGCUGAAGCUCGUGCAUUGUUAUCCACCACAACAAAAUCAUUUCGGAAGGUGUCAACUCCAUAUUCUCUGCUACCUAAGUCAGACGACUCACUCUCAAAGCAAAAUAGAACUGCUACAAUCUUUGGAAGUGACGAAAAAUCGACAAAACCAGCUGGUUUUAACUUGAUGAUGUCUGUUUUAGUUCUUGUUGUAUCAAUUGUAGUAGGGGUUGUGGUGUUUGUUGUCAGGUCAUCAUAGGCAACACCAAUGUUCAGAACAAAUCUCAUCAUACUGUCUCAUGCAUGUACUAAAGCUAUCAUUUACUAGUUUACACUGAAUGGUUUAUUGUUUUUUUUGGCCAAACAAGAAUUUAGGGUGAGUUUGGUAUAGAGGAAAAUGUUUUCGAUUUUCUA